AUGGACUUGACCAACAGAGAAUUGCUACAAUCGUCUUCGAGGAAACGCAAGCGCGUAGGAGAACGCACAGAGGUGUCGAAGAACUCCAGUUCACUGUCAGAAACCGAAAUUGUUGCAACGAAGAAGGAUGUGAGUCCAGUAGAGUUUCUUCGUUUGCUCAUUCCCUCUGCCGAAGACCCACCACAGAGCGGCGCUUCGCUAUUUCCUUUCAGCGGGCAAGCCCCUUCUAUGGAGGAACUCAAAAACUAUGACAUGGAGUCAGUGACGGCGAUUCGUGCCAUGGAUGUGGCCCAUUUACGUCAUCUCUUGACUAACGAAGGCAAGAGCUUUCACGCCUGCAAUCGCAACGGCGAAAGUCUGUUGCAUCUCGCCUGUCGACGAAGUAACGUGGACACUGUAAACUUUCUCGUGCACGAGGCGAACGUUGCCACCAGCGCGGUGGAUGACCUGGGACGUACCAUUCUCCACGAUGCCGUGUGGAAGAGCUUUGCCGAUGUGGAGCUAUUGAAGGCACUGCUUCCAACUAUUUCGCCGCGAUUGUUGCUGCAAAAGGAUCAACGCGGGCACACGGCGUUUGACUAUGCCCGACGACAGCAUUGGACCGUUUGGAUUGAGUUUUUGGAAUCGCAGAAGGAUUUCAUCGUUCGACGCUUAUCCAUGGAAGGCGAAACAGGCACAAUAGUUGGCUAG